AUGGUGUGGCCUUACUCCACCUUCAAGAAGCUGGGGAUCCCUGGCCCCAAGCCUGUACUGCUGUUUGGGAACUACUUGUCAUACAGAAAGGGCGGGAGUAAGUUUGACAAAGAGUGUUACAAGAAGUUCAACAAAGUCUAUGGCACCCAAGCACGACAGGGAGAGAUGGAGGGAUGUAGCGUGCUCAGCAGCAAAGCGCCCCGACGACCACCCCCGCUCAAGGGACCGACAUUCGAGGGCCAAGAAGGCAGCGUACUGACCGUCCUGAAAGAUGCGGACUGGAAACGUGUUCGGAGCGCCAUCUCACCAGCAUUCAGCCCCGGCAAGCUGAAACAGAUGGAAAUGGUAGUGGAGAAGUGUGCGAAUAACUUCGUUGUCAACCUUGUUGAGAAAGCGAAACAAGGCGUCGUGUUUGACCUGAAAGAACUUUCUGGUGCCUACACCAUGGACGUGAUCUCAGGGACAGCGUUCGGAGUGCAUCUUGACUCCCUUCACGACCGAAACCACCCCUUCGUCGCUAACGCCAAAAAAAUGUUUGACGUCAAUCUCUUCCACCCUAUCAUAAUCAUUCUGUUUCUGUUUCCGCCGUUGGUGAAGGUUCUUCAGAAAUUAGGCGCAAGUAUGUUCCCCAGAGAAGUACUGGACUUUUUCAGCGCGGCGGUCGACAAUGUGAUGGACAUGAGGGGAAGCAACGAAGAUGAAGCCAAACGGGUGGACUUACUUCAGCUGAUGCUGAAGGCUCACAACGAGGAACUGGACAAGGAGGUGCCGAAGGACGUCGUCAAACAUGGUGUUUCCAUGAGGGAGAUAAAGGAUAACGCCAUGCUAUUCUGGCUCGCCGGGUACGAGACGACAGCCGACACCCUCUCCCUCACAGCCUACAACCUGGCUCUUCACCAGGAGGCGCAGAAUAAAGUCAUUGAGGAGGUGGAUGCCAUCGUUGAGAAAAGGGGGAAGCUGGAUCACGACGCUGUGAAUGAGAUGCCCUUCCUGGAGAUGUGCGUGAACGAGACCCUGAGGAUAUUUCCGGUUAAUCAAAGGUUUGAUCGUGUCUGUAAGGAAGACAUAGAGGUGAAAGGUUUGCACAUCCCGGCUGGAACCGUCGUCGCCAUCCCCGCCUACGCCAUCCACCACGACCCCGAGAUCUGGCCGGAACCAGAGAAGUUCAAGCCUGAGAGGUUCACCAAGGAGGAGAAGGAGUCACGUGACCCGUACGCCUACCUCCCGUUCGGCUCCGGACCCAGGAACUGUGUGGGCAUGCGCCUCGCCUUGAUGGAGCUCAAGUUCGCUCUGGCCAAGGCUCUGCAGAAGGUCCGCUUCGUCACCUGCGACAAGACUGUGAUCCCCAUCGGCAUCAAGAACACCUUCGGGAGCCAGAUUGAGGGAGGCAUGUGGCUGAAGGUGGAGGCUCGUACUUAGGGGAGGAUGUCGGCAACACAAGAUGUCGGCAACUCUUCUGACUUGUAACUUCCAACAUUGACACGUGUUGCCUUUUAGUUUGUGAAUCGCUGUUGCCUUUUCUUGCUGGCAGUCUGGAUGCAUGCGUAGAGCUAGCUGCUUUAAGAUAGACUUUC